CGCACCGCAGAACUCGCCGGUGCAUCACUCGCGUCCUGUACAUCGCAGCAGCAGCAGCAGCAGCAGCAGCAGAGAGUAGAGCUCUUCGCUCGCGGAUUAGCACGGUUUCGAGCACGAGAGGGCGCCAGCGGUGUUCGGAACGCGACACCAGCCGCGCGCGCAGCUCGCUUCGACUUUUAGUACACGACGAGCGCGAGUAGAGGCAACACCGGCUACCACAGCCUGUCGCCCUGCCCAUCCUUUCAGAGAGAGAGAGACAGAGAUAUACACUCGGCUAUAGCUAUAUAUAUAUCGCGCGACGAGCAGCGCCAUCAGCGAGCGGAAGAAGAAGCGGGAGGGGAGAAAGAGCAGCAGACCGCAGGAGUGUCCGCGAUCAGCAGCAGAAGCAGGAGAGAGAACACGCACAAGCAGAAGCGAGUGAGAGUGUGGUGGUGAACUCGCGCACCGGUUUGUGUGUGUGACAUGAGUGUGAGCGCCGUCGCGGCGAGAGCUGUAUUGCUGAACAUAAGCAACAUGGACGACGACGAACAGGAGCCGGUGGCCCAGGAGCCGAAGAAGCCCGUCGAGGUGCUGGACAUCGACCUGGUGACCGACAGCGGAGGAGGAGCAGUCGACACCGGCGGCGGCGGCAACGGCGGCAACGGUGUUGUUCAGGUCGUCGACGAGGAAUCGAUGCAGCUGGAGAACGGAGGAAGACAGUCGCUCAGCGCAACGGAGCAGGAACAGCUGCAGGAGCAGGCAGCGCUGGUCGUCGACGCGCAACUCAGGGCGAUGGCCGUCUCCGGAGCGACCGGGACGAAUGCGGCGGCGCGCGCCCACCACGACCAGGCGCCCUCCACCGCCACAUCGACCGGCACGCGAUCUGCCGGCGAGAGCCUCGAUGACGUUAACGGCAAAGAUCGCCUCAAACCAUUCAUCCGAACCUGCACGAAGUUCGAGAGCGGCAGCGGCAGCGGUGACCAGGACGGCAUGAUCUCCAUGGAGGACGGCGUGGAUGUCGCGGCGAAGAAGCGUAAGACCCGACGCGGUAAGCCUAAGCACCGCAAGCUCAAGCCCUACUCAAAGCAGUCGCUCUCGUAUCAACAGCGGCUGCGCAAUCGCGCUGCGGUCAGGCCGACCAAGACCGGCAGGCAACCUCCCGCCCCCUACAACACGACGCAGUUCCUCAUGGAGGAUCACAACGACCUGCCCGACCUGGAUGAGAAGAUAGCCGGCGCAGCGACCGGCACUGCUGGGGCAGCUGCGGCUGUUGCGGCGAUGGCUGCCGAGGUGCACAAUCACUUCUCCAAGCCCAUCGCGCCAUCGCGCACCAGAGAUUCGAGUUUCAGCGUCGACAGCGACGAGGACUACUUCUACUCGUCGCCGGAAGACGAAGAGGAGUUCCUUACCAAGGAAUUCUCGAGCGCGUACGAGGACCUGCACGCGGAACGGCUUGGCGCGCUUACCAAGACCGAGCUUAUUCAGGAGUAUAUACAAUUGGAGGCCAAGGUCGAUUUAUUGACCAAACGGUUGCGUAGCAAGAGCGGUCAGCAACAACAGCAGCAGCAAGAAUCGGCGGAGGCGAGCGAGCCCAGCAGGGACAGCGAGACUGCCAAGAAGCUCAAGGUCUGUCAGCAACGCGUCGACGAGCUGCUUCAGCAGAACGAGCAGCUCAGGCGCGAGAACGAGUUGCUGCGCAAGCAGAGGCAUGGAAGCCCCAUGUCGAGCGUUGACAGCGAGAGCGAUAGCGACAGCUCGAGCAACGCCAGCGGCUGCAGCUGCAACCACAAGACCAGCCCGGGUUCGUCGCCCGUGCCCGCUAGCUACCACGCGAGGCGCGAGAAGACCAACAGUCGGCGGAAGAACAGCUCGGUAUCGAGCGUCGACAGCGAGAGCGACAGCACGACAGGCGACAGUUCGUGCCCGGACGGGAGUCCCAAGACAUCCACGGGCACCACCAACACCGACGUGGCCAAUGGACACGCAACCAGCCACGAACUCGACGGUCUACCGAUAUAGGUCGAGAAUAGGAAGAGGAAGAUUACGAUUCGAGUGGAGGAGGGUAAACCACCGUUGCACGAGGAGUCACAUACACACGAGUCGGCCCGCUCUGCUACUACUUCGCGCGUAUUUCUCUAUUAUAUGUAUAGAUAUACGAUUAGGGUACUUUUUAAGGGGUGACGAGAGCGUUUUGUCUCGAGUGUUUCUCUCGGAGGGCGAGCUCGCGACUUCAUGCGACACGUGGGAUAGACGCUCGUCGGUCUUAUGAUGACGACGACGACGAUUAUCGAUGUCUCUUUUGUGCGACGAAUCGAGGGAACGCAAACGUUUUUAAGAGUUGAAUAGUAUUUGAGAUAGAGGAAAAAGCGAGACGCGAGUUCGGAUUGAAUGUAGCAGGCGACGCCUGGCGAUUUCGUAAGAAACGUUAUCUGAAAAAAUAAAAAAAAUUUUUAUAUGACUUGCGUUAGUUAAUGCAUGAUCUCAUGCUCCGUUUAAAAUUUGUUGACGUUUUUUAUUUAAUCGAGUAGAUAUAUGAUUGUUUAUAUGCAUUGAUCGCGAACAAGGAGAUAUUUGCAUUUUGAUAUAACGAGUUUUAUCUGCUCUUUGUUAGUUUAAAUAAAAAAUAAGUGAAUAAAUAAAUAAACUGAAUACUACUCAAUGUAUGAAAACGAUUGGGUUCUGCAGCACUUCCACAAAAGCCAAAAAUGAAACGAGAAUCGUCUCGGGUUCGUAGAACGCCCUUGAUUGUCUUUUACUUCUGCAUCUCACCUGCCCCCCCUGGCAAGACUGUCAUUGUACAUAAGCGAUGUAAGAGAUGCGCGUAUACGCGUAAUUUAUUGUUCUCGAAUGCAUAUGCGUACACACGUCGUCGCGUGGCGCUUGGCGCGCACAUUCAGUCUAACGAAGAAAUGGAAUUCCUCUCUUUUUUCCAUUGAUACAUCACAAAUAUACACUGUGCACGUAUACAUUAUUAUGUCUGUUGUCGCGUUGCGCCUUCGUUCGACCCAAGAGAAAGCAAACACGCAAGUGAUUUAUCAAUUAUAAUCGUCAUUUCAAAUCCACAUCGCAUAAUUUAUUAACUCAGCUGACAUUUUCUUGUUUUAUGCAUACUGCCAUUCUCGAGUGUGAGCGUGCUUUUACACUGAAACGAUCGAUUUUGUGAGUAUUAUUUUUUUUAGUUCGCUUGAUGGGUUUAAUGAAUUUAACGCAGAUCUGCGUUCAUCGAAUUUUCUGAAAUCGUUAUGACAUUGUUUUCCAAUAAGAGAUUUAAGUAAAUCACGUUUACAUUACCUUUGUUAUAAGCAAGUUGUACAAAUAAUUUAUCAAAUAAAUUACGUGUGAGAAAAAAAAUCAAUUUUGCAACAAAGAGUACUGUUGAUACUCUAAAGAUCAAAUUAAAACUAGAUUCAGUUGCACAAAAACUAAAAUGCGAAGGCUCGCAGACCAUCAACUAACGCGGUUACAUAUACACAUGGGUCCAGUGAAACGAAAAAGUUCAUUGAAUCGCGUUUAUUGGGCGCAACGAAAUAUACGAAACGAAGUAUGAGAAAUAAACGGUAAAUAAAGUAUUAUUGUCGCGAUAAAGAAAUGUGAUGAUCUAAUAUAUUAUAAAGUUUAAGAAGACGCAUUGUACAAUUGUAUAGACUAGAUUAAGACUAGGUGUUAGUUUAUGGUCUGAUUAAUUAAAGACGGGGUGCGCCUUACCCAUUAUACUUUCGAUAAUGUUACAACUUCGACAAAGCCAAAGGUUGUUUCCUCUUUGUACUUUUCCGUUUUAAUAUUUUCCUUUCCCUUUUAUCCCCUCUCCUUUCCCCUUCCCGAAAUGAUUGAAUAAUCGGUUCCAUCAUCUUUAUAUCUCUCGUCGGAAUAAUCUCGCUAUACUGUUGUCAUCGCGUCGGGUCGUCGCACGUCUAUCAACUUGCUGUUUAGCCUAGACCUACUCUGUAAUAGGUAAAUAAAAUGGCAAAGUCUAUGCAAGUUUAUGCUUGUCGAAUGCGCUUUCUUGUCCUUCGAAUAUGGCCAUUUGCAUUUUUAGUACGAUAAUCUUCGUCUUGCAUAAUGUCGAAAUCACAUUUUACACGGCUUACUGACGAGAAGUUUGUACAAGCCGUUGGCUUGAUAGGGAUGUAUUUGUAAACAAAAAUUAAUUAUACAAUAAUUAAAUGAAGAAGAAAGUAAAAAAAGUGAAGCUAUACUCGCUAAGUAAGCUUGCAUGGACUUUCGAACAUCGAAAUUUUCAAAAAAUCCUUUAUUGUAGUAGCGACGCUUAUACAUACUGCGCUAUGGGGAAUUCAAGCGUCUUCCUCUGGCUGUUUCGAAUAAAAUUUAUUUGCCAUUAUUGUGUAUGUUAUGUAUGAUACAGUUUUAAAUAAGAUUAUUGAAUGAAAAAAACGAAUUAAAUUCUAAUUUCAAUAUC